AGUUUCCCAGUCUUCCAAGCUAAAAUUUGCCACAAAAUAAAGUUGAAGCUUCAAUCAGAGCUUAAAAGGCUUUAAAUAAAUAAGAAAUAAAUAUCCAGAAUUAUCUUAAUAAUGAAUUUUCAGUGUGAAAAACCACUAGUUCCUUUGAGAGUGCUAGUCGUUAACCCAUUGGAACAGCCAUCGAGAUUGAUCACAAGUAAAAUAUUAUCCGGAUCAAUUUUCGGACCACGCCAACGAAUCACUUUAAUAUUGUUAGUUUUUGGUAACGAAUUAUCGAUUGCCGAAGUCUACAAACAUCAACUUGAAAACUGUGCAUAUUGUUGCACCUUUUCUAUAAAAGUUGUUUGUAACGUUCCCAGUAUCACAGAUGCCGACGUAUUCUGCUUCCUCACAAACUUUCCGAAUCCGAACGAAAUCGAAAACACACAAUUAGAGGACAACUUCCAUGCAUUAUACCUUAUCAUCAAAAUCGCUACCAAUUUAGUAUGGCCCGAUAUAAUUGUGGAAAAACCAGCUGAGAAACAAAAGAAAACGCGAAUGAGAAUAGAGGAAGAUUACGAUGAAAAUUUCAAGCCAAUAAUAAUAGCUGAUGGUUUGGUGACCCUUGAUUUAGUUCGGUCUUUUUCCAAGAAUCUACCGCCGGGAUUGUUGUUUUGCCCGUCGCAUGUGACGGCUGAAGCUCGGUCUGUUCUCGCUGCUCAUCUCAAGGUGCAACCCAGUUCCCUAAACUCUAUACAAGUGUGGGCAGUUAAUGAUAAGAACUUGCACGUGGAAGUGGAAAGGCCGAUCAUCAUCCAUGAAGACCCUGGGAAGGAAGAAGACUGUGACGUCAUCAGUAAAGAUGCCCUCGAAAAACUAAGUAUGGACUCCACUGAGUUCAACGAUGCCUGGAUAAAGAAGGGAUAUAUUGAUAAGAUUAAAAUCGCAGCGUCUAAAAAUACUUAUGGCGAUAUUUACCGAGCUUCGAUCAUGUGUGAGACCUUGAAAACUAUUUGGUCUUCCCGAAUUAAUAAGGACGUUAAAAUUAAUACGAGCAUAGGAGUCAUUAGUGAUGGAUCUUUGGGAACAGUUAAAGGUUUGCCGUACAUUUUGCCAGUCAUAUUGAAAGGUGAAAAAUGGACUCUGAACAGGAAAUACACAGACGAUGCUCACGUAAUGGGUGAAGUUAUGAAGUUUAACCAAAUUAUUAAGAAAAAACAUGACCAACUGAUGGCUUCCUGUAAUAAUCUAUUGCAGCAACAUUACGCUGAAAACAGAGCUGACGAAGCAUCCACGGUGUCUACUGACACAUUUAAUUACAAAAACGAGCGCAUUGUGGCUAAGAAUUCAAAUAAAAUGUUUUAUUGAGAUCUUAAACUCUUAACUCUUAUUUAUACUCAGUUUGUAACUCUUUCAUGGAAAAAAGAAAACUUUCAUUCUUAUUAAAUCUGUUAGGUUCCAGUAAAAUAAUGAUGGUCUGGAUAUUUAUGGCUAGCCUGCAGUCUUCAUGUGAAUUAAAAUCCUUGAAUGUCCUGCACAGGAUUUGAAUCCGGGAUGUUCGGUGAAAGUCAGUGUAGUGAACUGCCCCACAAAGAUAAUAAACAAAGCGUGGUUUAAUAUCAGAAUAAUAACUUUCUCUUGCAAGUUCUUGUGCCAUCUGUUAGUUGCACUUGCGUCUGUUACCGUAACUUUACAGAUAAUGUCUACUAUUUGCAGUGUAAUAUUGUAAAUAAUCGUAUGAUUUUAAUGGCUAUAAACUUUUUUGUUAGUGGAGAGUAGGUAGUUGUAGGCAGGUAAGUAUUAUAGAAAUGUUUAUUGAAA